AAUAUAAUAAUUUAUCAAAAUAACACUUCAGACUAUUAAAGUCGACAAAAGAUUGUUAAUGGCGGAUUACUGGGAACCGCUUUAAAAGAAACAAAUUUCAAAUAUUCACGACAGAAACAAGUUCUUGAGCCACGUCCUGUUAGAGUGUGGCGGAAGGAUCCUCGCAUGCUGUAAAUAUUCAUUCUUAUAUAUAGGAUGUUGGUCUCUGUGAGUUAAGAGUGGCGCCUUGCUCUUGUUUUGGUUCAUAAACUAAGAUGCCUCUUCCUGACUCAAUAUUAGAAAAACUGGAGGAAAUUAAAUCAGACCUUUCAGAUCUUCGUCGCCAGGAUGUCGAUUUGAUGAAGCAGUUGAUCUCUAUCAGUGAAACCAUACAGAAACUGAACAAGUCAAAGUUCCCGCCUGAUCAUCACGUGAUCUCUCGGACCUUUGUUACCAAAGUCAAUGGGAAGAAAGGCUAUGUCGGGGUAAAUAUCGUUCCACCUGAGUCCCUCACAGAAUCCGAGGCUCCUUUGCUCCGUCGUCAGAGUGCCCCAAACAUCGUCCCCUACCAUCUCAAAAGCGUGUCAAUCUCUAGCGUAGAAGAUUACUAUACGUCAGAUGAGGAAUUUGGAAACUCUAUAAACUCUAUAAGUGAUAUCAAUUCAUUGUCAACCAACCCAAACCACUUGUUGGCUCGCAGGCCGUACCUGUCCGCGCGGAGGUUUUCGGACAUUGUGACAAAUUUCCCGAUUGUCCACAGUUCCAGUGAUUCUGAAUAUGAGCAGAUCUUGCUGCGGAACAUUAAACUCUGGAAGGAUGGCCAGCUAGAGAACGAUUCCGUGUUUGUGUGAUCUUAUUUUUUUUUGCCAUGCAGGAUUAUUUCCAGAAUAAUUAACCAAACGACUGCCUGGAGAAAUAGAGAGACGUUAACAUUCACUGACUCAAUAAGGUAAAUGAGUGAUGACUGCUUUGUACAACUCCUGCAGAGAGCAUUGCGCAGGUGCCGCGGCACCAGCUAUUGCAACGUUCAUAUAGCAAGCGCUAUAAACUGUACACGAAGCAAAGGUUACAAACAUUAUUUUGCUACAAGAGGCAAACAUUGUUAUGACAACGCAGAACAUGAUGUUUGAUAAUGGUCUCAAAAAGUCUCGAAUUCUCUCUUUUUAAAAGAUAACAAGUGAUUAUUGGAAUGUCAAUUUCAUAUGCACUGACUUUAAGAUGAAUGGCAUAUAUUGAAAUAAAAAAAAAUACAAUUUAAUAAAAAUGCUUUAAAUAUA